AUGAUAGAGAGUGAAUGUCAAGUUGUAUAUGUCGGAACCGCUAACGUAGCGGGCAGACUCAUCGUUAUCCCUAGACCAGAGCUCAUGGAAAUCGAAGAUCCUUCUGCUCCUGGUGCCACUUCUUUAGGACGAGAGAGUAACUCUCGGGAGAACAAAGCACCAUCCGAAGCCACAUUUCGCGGCGCAGAGUUUCUCUCGUACGACUUGACACAAACCGGUGGAGAGCCGAUAGUGAGCACGCAGGAUGCCAUUUCGUUAUACUUCAAGACACGUCAGCCUAAUGGAUUACUAUUCUAUACUGGUCAUGAAGCUGACUACUUAAACCUGGCUGUUCGUGAUGGAGGAGUUUCUCUUACAAUGGGUUUGGGAAAUGGAAAACAAGAGAUGCAUAUCAAGCCGGCCAAAACAAGAUUCGAUGACCAUCAGUGGCAUAAACUUACCGUUCAUAGAAGAAUACAAGAGAUAACAGCAUUCACCAGUUUUUGUCGGGUAUCAGCUGUAGUAGAUGACGUCUACUCCGACCACUCCCAUGUGGCAGGCUCCUUCACAAUGCUGGCCAGCUCCAGAGCUCACGUCGGAGGUUCGUUGAACGCAAGGGCAUUGCCUGGAGCCAGAGUGCACACAAAUUUCAUUGGCUGUUUGAAGAAGGUGGAGUUUUCUGCGGACACUCUUCGACUGAACCUGAUCGACCUAGCUCGAACUGGCAGCAAGCUGAUCACAGUUACCGGUCGUCUUGAGUAUGCGUGUACAGCCACUGACUCCGCCGACCCAGUCACUUUCACUACACGAGAUGCACAUUUGAUUCUGCCGAAGUGGGAAGCAGUAAGGACAGGCACGAUAUCUUUCAAAUUUCGCACUAACGAACCAAAUGGACUGGUCCUCUUCAAUAUGGGCGCUAAACCGCCAAGGGCUGAUCUGUUCGCGGUUGAGAUCCUGAACGGUUACAUAUACGUGCACAUAGACCUCGGAUCCGGCGGCGUUAGGGUCAGAGCAUCCAGGAGAAGAGUAGAUGAUUCACAUUGGCACGACUUCCUUUUAAAAAGAAGUGGUAGGGAUGGAAGAGUAACGGUGGAUGGUGCUAACGCUGAGUUCAAAACACCUGGUGAAUCAAACCAGUUGGAACUUGACGGCCCCCUGUUUGUCGGAGGUCUGGGAUCCGAAUAUUCAGCAUCGAGAACACCACCUGCGUUAUGGACAGCAGCUUUAAGACAAGGGUUCGUGGGCUGCAUAAGGGACUUAGUGUUAAACGGAAAACCUCAGGAUUUGACUGCAUUCGCGAGGCAACAAGAUUCUGCUUCAGUUCGUCCAGCAUGCCAUGUACUGAUGAAACAAUGCGUUAGUUCCCCGUGUCAACAUGGCUCACCUUGUUCUGAAGGUUGGAAUAGACCUCUCUGUGAUUGCUCAAUGACGAACUAUGGUGGACCUACUUGUGGCAGAGAAUCUCCAACUAUCUACAUGAACGGCAGCCAACAUUUAACAGCAGCACUGGGACCUGAACAUAUAACACAAACUGAAGAAUUGCUGCUGCGGUUCCGUACAAACAGAGCUGGUCUUCUUCUUCGAACUGCGUCCGAGCAUUCAGCUGAUAGGAUAGAGUUAGCUGUUGCUGCAGGAAGAGUCAGAGCAAGUGUUAGACUAGGAGAUCGAGAGAAGAACCUAUUGGCCGGUUCGAAUGUGGCUGAUGACACGUGGCACACAGUCCGUUUCUCUCGCCGGGCUUCAAACCUCAAACUGCAAGUAGAUAACGCGCAGCCCGUCCGCGGUACGUUAUCUGAGACAAUUUUAGGAAAAGCGUCUACACUAGAAAUUUCAACAUUGCAUUUAGGAGGAUUGUAUCACCCCGAAGAAGAAAUUCAGAUGACAUCAACUUUACCAAACUUUGUUGGAUAUCUACAGAAGUUUGUUUUCAAUGGAAUCAGGUAUAUUGAUAUGGCAAAAACUCUUGGCGUUGGCACUAAUGAGGAUAACAACAAUAUAUACGAUACAUCAAAUCUCAUUUUUACUGGCAAAUUCGUUAAACCCGAUUCAUUAAAUGUCUACAAAUCAGUGACCUUUAAAUCCAAACAUACGUAUGUUGGGUUACCGUUAUUGAAAGCGUAUGGAAAUACUUAUUUAGACUUCUAUUUCCGAACGACGGAAAUGGACGGAUUGCUAUUUUAUAACGGAGGAAAGAAACAAGAUUUUAUAGCCAUAGAACUAGUGAAUGGGCACAUACAUUGCGUGUUUAACCUUGGUGAUGGAGUAGUAACGAUGAAGGAUAAAUUAAAGAAUUUUUUGAAUGAUAAUCGUUGGCAUACGGUGUCUGUUAGAAGGCCUACUCCCAAGAUUCACACAUUACAAGUAGAUGAAGAUCUUGAAAUGCAUACUACCAGUUCUAAUCUGAUGUUGGAACUGGACAGUGUGCUAUAUGUAGGCGGAGUACCCAAAGAUAUGUACACGUCACUUCCAGUAGGAGUGUUAUCUAGACAAGGAUUCGAAGGCUGUAUGUCCAGUUUGGACUUGUCUGGAGAGUCACCAUCCUUGAUGGAAGAUGCAGUAGUUCCUAGUUCCUCCUUAGGUUCUGGAUGCGAAGGGCCUACAAAAUGCACUCAUAAUGCAUGUGCUAACAAAGGAGUGUGUGUACAGCAAUGGAAUACAUAUGUUUGCGAUUGCGAUUUGACAUCGUUUACCGGACCUACAUGUUAUGAUGAAUCUAUAGCCUACGAAUUCGGUCCUGGAAAAGGCACCAUUGCGUACACAUUUCCCGCUGAUGCAGUUGCUGACACCGAGACAGAUAAAGUGGCUCUAGGUUUUGUGACGAGUAAAGCUGAUGCUGUACUACUCAGGAUCGAAUCUUCAAAUACACAAGAUUAUAUGCAAAUGGAAAUUAUUCGUGGCAAUCUCUUUAUGGUAUAUAAUGUUGGUGGCGGUGAUCAUCCAUUGGGCGACGAGACAGCUAGAGUUGAUGAUGGAGCGUACCAUGUAGCUAGAUUUACAAGAAAUGGGAGUAGAUCUUCGCUGCAAUUGGAUAAUUACGCAGUUAUUAUCAGACAUCCUCAAGGAGGCCAACAAUCAACGAUCUUCAACGGUAUGUCGACGAUCACAGUGGGCGGCGGGUCGGGCGGCGGGCGCACGUUCAGCGGCGUGGUGGCCGGGCUCGUUGUGGAUGCCGUGCGCGUGCUCGACCUCGCUGCCGCCGGCGACCCUGCCAUCUCCGUGAGGGGCGACGCCAGGAGGGCACACACUCCACUCGAUAGGGAUAUAAACAGAAUGCAGCAGACACCACCCUCGGGUUACGGAGGCCCCGGUGUGCUAGACGAACUGGUUUAUUCAGGAGCAGGGUCGGGCUGUAGAGAUGAUGAUGAAGAUGCAUGUGUAUUGCCUGACGCAGGAUCUGGCGAUGAUCUCAUUACACCAGUUUACGUCCCAUCUACGAGACGGCCACCGUCAAGACUACACAAGGGUGACACUAGUGGAAAGCUCAUGAAACCAUGUGACGAUGAGGACUGCAUAGAAGGAUCUGGAUCUAAUGUUGAUGAAAUUACAGAGCCUGAACAUCCAAUGACAACAUCUGGAGCAAGCAGUACCCACAGUAUGACUUCUCCAACUGUUAUAAUUGUGUCCACUGAACACAUAGAUAAGAGCCUAGAAGGUUCUACAGAUGGCUCUACCGGGCCUAGCGAGACAACCAAAAGCAGUACCGAUAUUCAAACAUUUCCUGACCACGAUAACAUGCAUGCAGGAACUGUGGAUACUGCCACUUCUCCCGAACGGAGGACUACUCCUACAGAUGAUCAUUCUCAUACCCGUUCAAGUUAUCAUUUUACACCAACACUGACUGGUAAACAUGUGCCAGACGAAGCAACACAUACAACCGAAGAGGACACAAAUCAUAUGCCUGAGUACGACGAUCGGCAUGAAAAUGAGAUAGAAACACGCACGCCCACAUAUGAGACCGAGAGUGAGCAGGACAGAAUACCUGGAAGAGUACAUCCGGAGUAUAAUGGUUAUGAUGUCACGCCGAAAUGGUAUCACCCGAAAACUACUGACAAUAGGGUAGUACCACCUGAGUCUGAGUUCUUUGCUACUAUUGUAGGUAUAGUGGCGUCGGUGCUGAUAGCCAUCAUAUUGAUAGUGAUCAUAGUGCUCAAGUACAUUGUGUUCAAGUUCGAUCCCUCGUACAAGGUGACAGAUGACAAAAACUAUCAACAAGGAGCCAGUGCCGCGUUGUUGGGCAACCAGCAGGCCCACUCGAGCUACCAGAGCGCAGGCGGCGGCCCGUCCCGCGGCCUGGCUCCCCUGGCGCUGCCGCUGGCGCGCAGCACCGCCGCGCCCUCCGCGCCGCUCGCGCCGCUGCCCACGCAGCCCACCAAGCGCGACGGCAUCAAGGAGUGGUACGUCUAA